CGUGUCCUGGGACCCUGUUUAUUUAACAUUCCCAGGCAAGGAAACCCUACUUUAAAAAAAAAUUACACAUGCGGUCUAUCUAUAUCAGAUGAAGAAAUGAGUAUGGGAUUUUAGAAAUUUCUUUGUUUACACUCUUAGCUUGGAUUAUGAGUUUGCAAAAUGCCUUUCCUUUUGGGCCUGCGACAGGACAAAGAAACCUGCAUAGGAAUCAACAAUCAGAGUUACAGUUGUGAAACAGGCCAUUGCUGUGGACAGUCUCAAUGCUGCAAUUACUAUUAUGAACUCUGGUGGUUCUGGCUAGUAUGGACGAUCAUCAUCAUUUUAAGUUGCUGUUGUGUUUGCCACCACCGACGCGCCAAACACAGACUUCAGGCACAACAAAGGCAACAUGAAAUUAACUUGAUUGCCUAUCGCGAAGCUCAUAACUACUCCACCCUGCCAUUUUAUUUCCGAUUUUUGCCAAAUUAUUUACUACCUCCCUAUGAGGAAGUGGUGAACCGACCUCCAACCCCUCCCCCACCAUAUAGUGCCUUACAUCAGCAAUGCAUUCCACCUGGCAAUGGCAAUACAGCACCAGAUACAAGAAACCUACAGCCAGCUCAGGCAGGCACUCUGUCAGGAGCAGGAAGCAAUAAUGGAAAUAUGGACAGCACUGCCUCCCCAAGCAUCGGACAUUCUGAAUCCUCCAGUCCACUAGUUGAGCGAUCAACCGCCAAACCAACAUGUGGUGAGCCAGGGAAUUCCAACAGCAGGGUGGAAUUAGAAGAUGCGGCUGACCAUGUAUCCACUUCUGAUAAGGAGUCAGAAUGCAAGGAAGAAUUGCUUAAGGAUUACAACUCAGAAAGCUUAGAUCACAACAGUGCUUUUUCUGAUGCUAAAGACAAGACACCAGGCAGACACCGAAGGUUCACCGGGGAUUCAGGCAUUGAAAUCUGUAUCUGUAACCAGGACCACCAUGAUAACGAUCUCAAGGAGUUAGAUGGGUUCAUUGAUGAUGGAUCCAUGGACUUCUGUGAUAGUUGCAGUGGCCAUCCUCCCCAUGGAGAUGAGGAAGAAGGGCUUUUCAGUGCUUCAGAUGAACAGCACGGAGAACACAACCACCACCACCUCCCCAGACAACCUGUGUGUGUGCUUCUGAACACCAUAAAUGAGCAGGACUCCCCAAACUCUCAUGCCAAUACAUCUCCCAGCUAAAAUAACAAAAUCAGAAGGGAAGAUCUACAAAAAAGAUAAAUAUAACCAAAAACAAAUUGGUUCAUCUUUUUCUUCAGAUGUAACUAUGGGAAUAGCUUAAAAUCUGUGGAGGAGGGGGCAGUUUAGGCUUUUCUUCUUCUUUUUGUGCUAAAUUGCCUCUCCUGUCCUCUGACUGGUUGGGGACUUGAUUCAAAGUGUGAUCAUUUACAUAUAGAGAGAAGAAAAAACUUCCUAUUGCUGAUUUUGGUGACGGUUUAUUUGGUUGGUUGUCACCUUAAACAUUUUCAGGAUCUGCUUUAUUUUUUGAUCAGAAACUUCAAACGUGUGAGAACAAGGAGUACUAGUGUUUAACACCCCUCCCCCCACUCUUAUUAGUGUAUUCCCCCCACCCCCGUUUUCAGGUGUCUUCCCAAAAGCCUGUGGCAUUUGAUGGCCCUGGCAAUAUAUUUAGGUAGUACUAUGGAGAAGUUGAAAUGAAUUCCCAGAAGAGUGUGGGUUGUUACAGUUUCUUCUUUUAGUCAAUAGAAUGCUCUAAUCUCUGAUGCAUUUUGAUUACAGCAGUCUGUAAGAAAUGUUUUCUUCUUGAAGCUGGUAAAGGACCAGUUUCUUCUAAAAACAAAAAAGUUGUUAGCCUGAAACAUAGCGUUUAUGCAAGAGGGGGCUGCAGACGUAGCCAUUUAUUUUAUUUUUAAGGCAAAUGUGUAGCUAUAAGUUGAGACUCCUUGCAGAAGGUCUCCUUUUCCAGUACUUGGUCUUUACAUAACUUGCAACUAGUGUGCUGCAAUGCAAAAGGGCAGGGGCUUUGCAAUUUCAGACCAGCACAGUAGUUAAAAUGACAAAACCAAAACACACAAAAGAACAGGGCUGUCUUCAGGUGCCUUCAGGUUUCAGCGAUGCUUUUUGAACAAAUGGGGGGGGGGAGAUCAAUCCACUGCAAAAGGAUAAUUUGCAGAGUUAAUGUGGAAGACCUGUGCAGUAUUUUCUUUUCUUAGCCCAAAAGUUAGUAUGAUUCUAACAAGUGACCACUUAAAAGAACUGAGUGUCUGUGUUUCGCUCUCUUGAUAGCGGCAACAGGCUACUGUACAAUGUCUGUGAGUGUGUAUGUGUGUCUGACUGCAGUAUAUGCAUGUGUGUUUCCUACAGGUAAUACGAAAUUUGCUGCUGUAAGACUGCAGAAAAAAAAAACUGUUUUGCUUUAACCAAACAAUGAACCUUUUGUUAGUAACAACACCAAAGGGAAGGGGAAGAAACUCAAACAACUGAAACUAACAUUCCUCGGAGUGUUCCUGUGGAAGAGACCAAGCCUUGGUUUCUAUAUUAAGUGUGAUGGACAUAUCUUUUUAUUUUCCCCUUCCCCUCUUUCUUGAAUUACGGUUGUCUGGGUCAUUUAUUGUUAUAAAAUAGACUUUCAGAUUUGAUUGUUUGAAACCAAAAUCAGUUUGAAAUAUGGUGUAAACCCAAAUAUAAUGCCUUUUUUUCUGAUAAUUCCUUGUGUCUCAUUUUCUUUGGGGAAAGAUAGAGCAAACAAAUGUCAUAAUGAAAAAUGUUGUUUGUUUUGUUUGUUUACACUUAAUCCAUAGAAUUAACACAGUAAUGUAAACACAAUUUUAUGCUUCACAGAAUAUACUAUUAGUAGUUGGUGUCUAUGUAUAUACAGCUAUACAGUGAAAAUACCAAUAGAAGCCAGAGCUGCUCCUUUUCACUAAACUUCUUCCCAUCUUGCUUACUACCAAGGUAAGACAGGACAAUUAAGCAGAUAUCAAAUGUCUUACUUUUGGAAGAUUAUUUUCCAUUUAUAAACUCUGUUGGAAUAGGUAAGAAACCUGGUGCUCCUUCUUUUAAUAUUUGUUCAUCAAUUAUCAGAAUCCCCACUCUAACUUGAUGGUUUGAACUGCAUAACACAGAAUUGCUUGGUGAGGUUGAGCUUAAUUUUAGAUCUGGAAAAAUCUAGAUAGAACCUCACUAGUUACCAUGUUUUAUACACUGUAUAGCUAAUGAAUGGAAAUGGACGAUUAGGCUAGGUAGAAUUUUGAGUGAUUUUAUUUGCAUGAUAGCUGUUGUACAUGCUGGUUCUUUGGUGCAUAUGUGUGUGCACCUUAGAUGCACAUUUGGUGUUGAUUCUGCCUACGCUAUCAUGGGACCCUGGUACCAUAUCCAGCCAUUUUAUGCAUACCUUGCACCUCUUCACUUGGCCCACUUAAUUAAGAGAGCAGUACUGGAGAGAAACAUGACCUAAUCUGUAAAACAAUAUGGCACUCUGGCAAUUUGCAAAACUUGAUUCUAGUUCUUAAUAGACCAUAAUUAUUAUACCUUAUGUUAAUUGUUAUAUUUGUAGGCACAACAUUUAUGCAGCUACAGUACAAAAUGAGAAAGUGAAAUUGUUGUUUGAGGAAAUGCAUCAUCCAGUGAUCUAGGAGUUGAGAUUGGCCAUGGCUUAUUGGUCAAGUAGACGCUGGAUCUCAAAAACAUGGUUUCUGUUACAUAAUAUACGUUGGGGUGAUCUGUGAACUGGAAAGCAAGAUGAGAAGCAUAAUAGUGAUAGUUCUUCCAGAUAAUGGGUAACCUUCAUUUCUGUGUGGAUAGCAUACCACAGUUACAUACUUAAUAUUGUGUUACUAGAAUCUUGUUUCCUUAGCAUAAUGAUGUAACAGAUAUAGUUCAUAUCUGUUAAGUGCAGCAUAAUGAUGGUUUUGAGGUACUUCUUCCUGCAUCAUAAGUAAAAAGAAUAUUCACUGUACUUAUGAUAUUCUGGGUCCUACACAGUUUUCUGUGUUUUCUUCCCCAUUAUGUACAAAUUAUUUACUGUACAGGUAAAUUUUAAUGUUGUAUUAUUUGCAAAACAAGUAAUUUCUAAUAAGUAACUUUGUCAUAGAUCAAAAUAUUUGUAACUCUCUUAGUCUGGGAGAACAAGUUGCAUAAUAUUUUGAUGUGUUUUCUUCCAAAAAUAAAAGAAAUCAUCCUGCAGGACCACUUCUAAAUCAGACAAAAGUUUGCUAAUCCAGCAUCCUUUUUCCUACAGCAUUCAGCUGCAUGCUUUUGGGACUGCUCACAAACUGGUUUUGAAAGCAGCAGUCUUUCAUAGUUUGUUCUGAAUGGAAUAGUAUCUGUAAUAAUGGAAGUUCCAUAUAGCAAUCAUGACCAAUGGGCCUUAAUGGACUUAAUUUAUGCAAUGUAUUUGUCUAACAUGGCCUUUCUAAAUUGGUACCAAAAUAUUAUUUUUGUUUAGCAGUAAAGAGAAUGAAAUCCAACAAUCUUCUUUUAUAAAAACAUGACAUAUUCACUAAUGAUGGCAACAUUUAUGGGAUU